AGUUUUUUGGCUCGAGAAUUGAAUGCUGCUUAUUUUGCGCGUCUUGGCGCCAAUUCUAUUUGCAGGAGCUUCAUGGAAUCGCGGCCAUCGCUGGAUGCGACGCUGAAGGAGCUCUCCUCCUGCAAGAAGUCUGGGUCCUGGCGGAAGGCCGUCGCCAUUUUGGAGGCCUGCGGCUCGCAGCAGCUGCAAGUGGACGUUUUCGCCUACGGCUUUGCCAUCAGCGCAUGUCGGGGCCAGUGGCCGCAGGCCGUCUCGCUGCUGGGAGAAGCUGUGGCGCGCCGGCUGCUGUCGGUGGUGGCCUGCAAUGCAGCCGCGAACGCGUGCGGCAAAUCCAGCCAGUGGCGCCAGGCCCUGGCAAUCUUUGAGAGCAUCUCGGCGCACGCUAUGCAGCCCUCGGUGGUGAGCCUCAACUCCCUGGUCGCCUGCCUGCCUUGGCAGCUGAGCCUUUGCCUGCUGGAAAGUGCUCAGCCUGACCUGGUGACCUACAACUCCCUGAUCAAGGGUCUGGGCACUUGGCAGCUGGCCCUUGUUUGCCUCACAGACUUAGAGGCGAAGCAGUUGCAGCCGGACCAGAUCACCUGCAGCAGUCUGCUCAGCCGCUGCGGCUCCUCCUGGCAGAGCGCCCUGCGACUGCUGGGCGACGCUAGGAGCAGAUCCCUUUGGGACGGAAUCUGCUGCAACGCCGCCUGCAGCGCCUGUGAGCGAGCUAGCGCCUGGCAGCAUGCGCUGCAGGUCUUGGAGCUGGAGGCUGAGCUCGGUGCGUCCGACUGGCCGGACGUGGUGGGCUUUAGCGCCUGCGUCAGCGCGUGUCCCUUGGAGAAGGGCCUGCAGCUGCUGCGAGACAUGCGGUCCAGGCAGCUGCGGCCCAACGUGGUGACCUACAGCGCGCUGAUCUCCGCGUGCGAGAAGGCGUCGGACUGGCCCAGGGCUUUGGACAUCCUCCACGGCCUCGCCGCGCCCACGGCGGUGUCCUUCGGCGCCGCCGUCAGCGCCUGCGAGAAGUCCGCAGCCUGGCGCCAGGCGCUGCUGCUGCUGCAGGAGGCCAUGCACCGCCAGCUGUCUUCGGUGGUCACCACCAGCGCGGCCAUCAGCGCCUGUGAGAAGGCCUCCGAGUGGCAGGUGGCUUUGCACCUCUUCGGCGAUGCGGUGUUAGCUCAGCUGCGACCUACGGUGAUCACCUACAACGCCACCAUCAGCGCUUGCGAGAGGAGUGGGUCCUGGCGCCAAGCGCUGGCACUGCUGCAGGUCGCCCAAAGCCAUGGCCUGACAGAUGUGGUGACCUUUAGCAGCUCCUUGUCCGCCUGCGAGAAGGCGGCCCAGUGGCCCCAGGCGCUGCAGUUGCUCCACGAGGUGGAGCGCCGGGGGCUCGAGGUGGACGAGGUGUGCCUAGGGGCGGCCUUGGGCGCGACUGCGCGGGCCAGGCGGUGGCGUCAGGCUUUGCGGCUACUGGAUCGCUCCAUGGCGAAUGCUCUGCGCGCCAACGCGGUGGUCUAUGCUCUGGUGCUGGACGCCUGCGGCGCCGCCGGGCGCUUCGGGAAGAUGCCCUGGGUGCUGGAGCGCCUGAGCAAGGGCUAUGAGUUCGCCCGGUAGUGCGGAAGGCCUCGGAAGUGGAUAGGCCAGGGUCCAUGGGGGCAGAGCCGAAGAGAC